AUGGGAGACGGCUUUUACAAUGCCUCGGACCUGAACUCAGUCCUCAGCACCUUGUCUAGUCUAGCUUCUCAGAGCCAAGGCAGCUCUAACCAGCAUGCACCCACACCUAUUCAUCCGCCAAAAAUCAUAUCGUCCAAAUCCAAGCCUUCGGAAGAUCCACGACCGCAGCCAAGGAUAACCAGACCAUCCACUUCUACUUCUGCAUCUGACUCGUCAACUAUUACAACUUGGCCUGCGGCGCUAAAACAUGUGAUGCGCACUGUGGGUCAAAACGAAGAAACCCAAGCUCGCAUUCGCGGUGUGAUCCGAAGUCAACAUCGUCAUGAGCAACAAUGGUUCCAAGCCCGUGAGGCACUAUUGAAGCAGCAGCAGGGUCGUCCUGAGAAACAGAGGGAGCUAGAUGCAGUCCUGAGGUCGAUUGGUGCCCCCGUAAAAGAGGACGAUGGCUCGACCGAAAAGGAGUUCGCUGCAGAGAUUGCAACCUACGAUGCAAAGGUGCACAAGGCAGCCGUGCAGAUGGGAGAUGCUAUCAUUGCCGAAUUGCGCGGUCUGGGUAUUCCAUUCUUUACGCUUCGGAAGGAGUUGAUUGAAGAUAACCCAUCAAAAAUAGAAGGCUCACAGCCUCGGAACCAGACCGAGUCCACUGGAACCAGCGCAUCGCCAAUUGCCAAAUCCGAGCUUGUGAAUUUGCAGCAACGCAUGUUGGAAUUGCUGGAGGAUCUGUGUAAAUAG